AUGACUUCUGCAUCUCCUCCUCUUAUUGAGCUAGCAAAUGUCCAGUUACUAUCACGCUCUGAUUCCGACACUUUCGUAGAGUCGGAGAGCGCUAGCCUCAGCGUUCUUGCAGACGUCGAUCCCCAGAUUAUCGAAGCCCUCAAAAGUAAAGAUAGGAUAUACGUCCUGAAGCUCGGAGAGCAGAUGGAGAGUUUAAUCAAUGACCGAAGCUUUAGGACUCGGCUCGAUCUGAUGCCUGCUACUUCAUAUCAGCGCCUUUUGGUGCACAGAUGCUCUGCCUACUAUAAAUUGGCGCCAGAGACUGACCCCGUAUCGAAGACGAUUAGCGUCAUUCCUACACUGGAUAGUAGAAUCCCCACCCGUCGCAUAGCAGCGCUCGUUCCUGCCCAGCUUUCUUCCACUCACCCAACUAUCAAGAUCAUGCGUCGAUCAACGACCGAUCGUGGUCGGUCAAAACCACACUCACAGGCUGGCUCCAUUGCUGGAGAAGAUCUUGACCUUUCUGAUGUAGAGCCUUCCGAAUCCGGAAGCCAGGGUGGUCGAAGUAAUGCUACUGGCAGUAGCAAGAAGCAUAAGACCAUCGCAGAACGCGAGGCCGCGUAUAAUGAAGCACGUUCACGCAUUUUUAUGGAUUUCGAGGAGAGAGAAAAAGGCAAGGAGAAGGACUUGAGCGCUAGCUGCUCGACGAUAAGCCUUACUUCUGGCUCUGUAACGAGUGCUGGGGAGACCAGCAGUACUGGCGACCUUGACAUUGAAUCUGUUAGCUCCCCUACUACGGAAAGCGAGUGGUCUGGACCUGCCGUACGCGAUAAAAGGGACAGCAAACGGUCAAAUGGGUCUACACGAAGCCUGCGAUCGAGUGCACCUGUAUUUAACGUCUGUGGUUCAAGUAGCUCCCGAGGCUCAAGAGCACCCUCACCGUCGUCUUUCAAAUACCCUACUCUGUAUGAACCAUCCCCGGCGGCUCCCCCGUACGAUGGGGCUCAGCCCCCUGUUCAACCUGGUUAUGUCAAUCCUUAUGUGUACGCAUACCCUCAGCCACCACCUCCCUCAAACUAUAUUCCUGGUUAUCCUUACUACGCCCCUUAUCCGUACCCUCACCCGCAAGCUCCGAUGCACGCGCCAGACAACUCGGCUGUGCAUGGGACAAUGGAGGCGUAUCCUUCUCCCCAACAUGUCGCGCAUCCAAGCGUUUACGUACCGUACACGUGGUCACCCGCUCAGCAACAACAGCAACUCCCUCAUCCUCCCUUGCAGCAUACGGCGCAGCAACCUCCUAAUCAAUCGGUCGCGCCACCAGCGUCGCAGUACUCCACUUUCACGCCUCCUGUACCGCCUUAUGGACCAUACCCCAUGCCUGGCUACUUUCCUCAGCCCCCUCACAUACCACACGUACAAUCGUCACCUCCUACAGUUCAAAAUCAUGGACACUAUCCGGGAAAUGGAUACAUGAACGGUACUGGGGGCAACGACACCAUGCCCCUGAAUCGGUCUUAUCCUGGUGAUCUGACCCAAUCGCCUUCAAUGGGUCCCAAACCUCGUGGAGCUCCUCCGGCUCGUAGUGCCUGGAGUUAUGGUCCAGGGGUUGGUAUGGGUGGCUUCGGUGUGAAUAACAUGUCAGGCAGCCGUCCUAGUGGCGGUGAGGUGGUAGGCCCACGUCUGAGUUCAUCGGUUAGAAGACCUUCUGGUAAUUCGAACGCAAGCGCUGGUGGCAGGACACUAGCGGGUGACGAAGCAUCGUCAACAGCCGUGAGUUAUUUUACACGGCUCUGCUCCUUUGUUAUCGACUCAUUUCCCCUAUUGCAGUCAUCUUCUACGACUUCAUCAUCCUCACGGAGGACAUUCACGUCAACCUCAUCUCAACAUCCUUUACCCGCAAGACCCGAUUGGGCCGUUGGCCUGAAACCCCAACCUACACUUCACGCAACCCAUCCCCGGCAUCACGAUCACUCGAUAAAUUCCCGAACAAUGUCUCCCGCCAGGAACAAUUCCCAACGCGGUCAUCAAAACCCACCUGCCUCACUUCAUCCCACGGAUUUCCCUCCUCUGUCGACCAUGUCCCCCGCGGCUGAGAAACGCAUACCAGCUGUCGCAGGCGUCUGGACCAACUCAUCAUCGACUCGAUCCAUUCUCAUGCCGGGCAAUAACAUUUCACAUGGAAACCCACCCGCCAAUCAUUCCAACACGCAAUCUGGUGUGAUAGGUACUCUGUGUAAUACCCGACUCGAGGACACAGAUGGUGGAUUCGAAAGGCCGCCGCCCAAGGGAAAUGUAGAGUUAUUCAACCCGAAGGGAGUAUGGAAACCUGGGGGGCCCCAGAGCCGCAGUCCACCAGGGGGCUCACAGGACAAGGACAAGAUGGAGAAACUACGCGGCGAGGCUGUUGCUAACGCUAUCUUGGUGGACAAAAUGGCGAUGGUAUCAGUGGAAGAUAAUGAUGCUAGCUCAAACGCACCGAAAAUUUCUCCUCCUGUUGCUCUGGCGACUUAGGAUUUAGUGAUGCCACCCCAUGUUGUGCAUAUUGUUUUGCGCUAGCUAAGUCUGCAUGUCGUUGCUAUCGUUGCAUGUAUCCGCACAAGGGAAUUGGAGGUUGUUUUCACUAGAUAUAUUACAAAAAUGUGUAAACAUAUAAUACAAGUCCUUUUUGCCCAUGAA